GCUCAGUUUUCUGUUCAUGGGGCCACAGCAACUCGUCUUCCGACGACGAAUCAAGACCAAAUAACGAGCAUACCAAGUAUGAAUCCCGACAGCCUCUGUCAUAUCCUCUCGUUCCUGUAUCCCACCAAGAGCAACCAUGCAAGCAAGGUGCAGGACAUUGAUUACAUCAUCUCUGUUCACAACGAACUUGUUGCGCUCUGCGAGGCAAUUCCAGCUUGGAGGUCGGCGAUUCGCAAUGAUUUCGUUGCAUUUUACCGUUCUCGCGCAUUCAUAUUCAUGCAGGAAGCUCCCUUUUCUUGUCAGCUGCGACUAUUGAGGAACCAAGAUGUUCGCCGUUAUGGUUGCUCCGGGGAAACCACAGGCGGGACAGGCAGAGAAGGCAUCCGCAACAUCUUUCGCGACGGUGACUCCCGCUGGAACAAGUGGUACGAUCCAGCCUACGACGGAGCUUUUCCAAGAUACGCCCAAGUCACACUUGAGGAAUCUUUGGAAGUGGUUGGAUAUGGUAUCAAGAGUGCGAAUGAUGUGCCUUGGCGCGACCCGGCUUCCUGGCAACUAAUGCUUGGAAGAGACAAUGGGAACAUUGUUAGAGAAGUCCAUUCGGUCACGGGCCAUCGAUUCGACAGACGCUACGAGACGCAUUUGUUUGUCGUCUCGGCGGCGGGCAAUGUCACUACCCAGACGGACCUUGUGCGCUUGAACAUUACGGAGGUCAGCUCUUUGCAAAGUGGAACGCAAUUUGCUCAGUUGUACGUCAUUGUCAAGCAACAGGAGGCAGAAGAGCAGAACGCAAGACAAAGAAAGCGACGACGCAGGAGAAACCGUGGAAAGAAACGAAAACCUGCUGGUGGCUCCUCAUCUGGUGGAAACUUCAGCUUGGGCCGUCUCUGGCUUUGGUAAUUGCUGGCUAUAAAUUUUUAAUGCACUACGUGCAUGGUGGACUUGUAAAUGCUAUAGGUUACUAUGCAUACGUGCCGAACCCAUCCCAACUUUCGCGUUUAGUUCGCACAAACCAGGACUUGCUGCCAUUCCCAACCAUGAUGUGUCGUGUAGUGAGGAAGAAGAUGCCUCUGUUUGGAUUUUGGAAGCAGGAGCAACAAGCUGGCAUGAAUGAUUCGCUACGAGGAGAGCUCAGACUUAUUGCGCGAUGAACGUCAUGCACUAGGGAGCCCCUCAAGAAUCCACGGCAUUUCUUACCCAACACCCCAUGGAUGAACGACCAAUUGAAAACAUGCUUGUCAUUCCAUAUAUCGGGUCAAGGCAUCAACAUUAUUUGUCGCGACACAAUCAAGUCCAUGGACAGCACGGGAAUAAAACAGCUAGAGCAUCCUUACGCCCAUGCAAAAGGAUGGACCUACCGGUAUGCAAGUUGGGAUAACAGUACGGUAGAGUGCAUGCGGAGAUGAAACUCGAACUGAGCCAUAGGCACUUUAAAAGUGCAGUAGAUAAUCAUGAUUACAACUGGAGGGUUCUAGGUGGCGGCGGGGCAUUGGGAGCCUCAGUUUUGACAUCCUGUGUUACCCCAACCCUGCCAAUACCGAUGGAGUAAACAGCAACAAUCCGCCAUUCUUUUGCGAUGGACACUUCAAGCUCCAAGCAUGACAUGACACAAUACCGGUCAGUUGCACAAGCAUGUAUGCUUCAUAAAUGGGCCUUUUGCUACGUUCAAUUCCAACCAGCUUCGCUAAAUUCA